AUGUCGCCGAAGUCAGGAACUGGGGCGCUUUCUGGGAAAGCACCGCUUUCCAUCUCUUUCUCUGGUUCGGGGUUCCUGGCAGUUUAUCAGCUUGGUGUAGCACAGUGUCUUUUGGAUGUCGCCCCGGAGGUGCUGCAAGGAGCACCCGAAGUGUAUGGAGCGUCUGCUGGGUCCUUGGCAGCCGCUGCAGUUGUGUGUGGAACAAACAUGGGUCGUGUGCGAGACGAGAUGAUAAAAUUCGCCAGGGUUUCCAGGGGGCACGUUCUGGGACCGCUGCAUCCCUCUGUAGAUACUUUUAAGUGGAUAGAGCAGGUGCUGCGCCGAAUCCUACCGGACAAUGCACAUCUGCUCGCCAGCGGCCGCCUGCACGUUUCCACAACACGUAUUCCUGACGGCAAGAACAUUCUGAUUUCUCAAUUUGAGUCUAAAGAGGAUGUGGUCCAGGCGCUGUUGUGUAGCUGUUUUGUUCCCAUGUACUGUGGCUUGAUGCCCCCUAGCUACAAGGGAGUGCAUUACAUAGACGGAGGCUUCACCAGCAUCCAGCCGACCCACGAUUCCCAUCGGACCCUCACCGUGUCCCCAUUCGCCGGGGAUGUGGACAUCUGUCCCCGCGACCAGCUUCCCAACCGCUAUGACAUUGUCGUGAGCGGUUUCGCCUUCCACCUGACCUCGGUCAACUUCUUCCGCAUGAUGGACGCCCUUUUCCCUCCCACCAGCCUGGCCGACACAAGUUCAGCGCUGGUCCUGUCACUUGGUCACCUAUCACCCUCAGGAGAAAUGGAGCACACAAAGAUCAGAGAUCUUAUAGAGUACCGGCCCUUCCCACUGAAAGGCCUGGGCUCUGGCAGUGAGAUGGACAGCCAGACCCUGCUGAAAGAGGAAGAGGAGGAGGUGGAGAAGGAGAGAGAGGAGGAGGACAGGGAGAGCCCAGCGAUAGCGCAGGAAGAGGGACACAGUCCGCCGGAGAGCUUGCCCUGGAACCUGAGCUCGCUGGAGAAGGCGCUAUACCUCAGCCUGCCGGUGUGGGUGCAGACAGCGUUGCUAUGCAACCUCAUGGCCCAGUUUGGACUGGCAAAUGUCCACAGCAAGUUCUUCCCAGCGCGUCUGAUAUCAUACCUGCUCCUGCCCUACACACUGCCUGCCUGUGUCUUCCUCACCUUCAGCUACAGGCUGCUGCUGUGGCUGAGGCAUGUUCCAGAAAGGGCCUUCUGGCUGUGGCAGGAUGUCCGGCAGCUUCUGCUUUUCUUCACAAACACCACUCUGUCCAGCCUGAAGAAGAAUCUGACUGGCAGGUUUCUCCCUUCCUUCAUCCUGGCACCUGCGCUAGAACUCCUGAGCAAGCACGAGAGUUUGAGAGAGAUGCCCGUGGUGUGCCAACGCUCCACCCUGCACAUACAGCUCUCCACCUCUGGCUCCACCUCUGGCCCCUCCUCAGACACCCACAGCCACACCUACUCCGAGUCCCUGGCCUUUGCCUUCCUGCUGAACCUGGAGGUGCAGGUGGAUGACCAGCCAGAUGCCCCCGCCCUCCCGCCCUGCCAACAGCUUCCCAGCACCGAGGGAGAAGAAGAUCACCCUGCCACCCCGCACAUCUCCUUCCUGGGGGGUGAGAAGGAGGAGGAUGGGCCCCAAGACAGGAGCAAGAAGGGUAGAUCAGAGGUGUCACUAAUUUAAGAUUUCCCAGCGCUGGUU